AUGGACGAGGUGGUCCGCCAGAAACACCGCGGUUGGGCAUCUUGCGCGGCCGUCAAUCGAGACUGGCAGGCCGUCAUCGCAAGAGCGAAUUUCCGCCGGCUGAAUCUCAAGCAGGACGACGUUGACCGCCUGAACGAAAUGACCAGCCGCCACCGGUCUUACGUCCAGUACAUUUAUUUCCACAUCGACCUCCCGCGUUACAGCUGUUUGUCUUGUUGCCAAUUGACCCUUGAGAUCGCCGCUUCCUCCUCAAGCGACACAGAGCACUGGUUCAAGCAUUUUCAGUUUGGUUAUGACAACGGUGAAGCCGGUGGUGGCCGGCAACACCCGUGGCAGUAUGGCAAGCGGGCUCGACGUCCCCCUCCGUUGAUGGCUUUCAUGCGGCUCUUUCGGCCGGCCUGUGGGACCCCGAUCCAACAUUUACCUGCAGUUCUUGCGGUCACCGAGCUCAUCAUACGCAGACCGCUCCGGCGCCGCAUCAACGCGUCGGUUUGGCAGGGCAUAUUUGCUUCGCUCCCACGGCUGACAAGGUUGACUUACGAAAUGUGGCGGAAUCAACUAGAAGGGGACUGUGACACCGGUUCGACAGAGACGUAUAUGUUGGUUCAACAGGGGAUUCUAAACCAGCUCGAGUCCUUGACUCUGUUUGAAGACCCCAACGACGCCCUUAUGGCCGCCGUUGCGGAACACCCUGGAUUGCAGCCGAUUAUCUCCAUGGGCGUGUACGGACUGAACCAUUCCCCGGUCCGCGGCUUGUUUAUGACGAGCCUUUCUCUGCGCCAUCUCUCCGUCUCGUUCUCAGUCACAGCCGAGGACUUUUUCACUGUGGGCCCUGUUAACUAUGCUUGGUGGUUUCUCCGAUCGUUGGCUCUUCGGUCCUGCUCCCUCACCUCAAAUGGCGCUGCCCCAUGCUCGGGUUGGAACCUCACGAGCUUACCAUCGAUAGUUUUCACACGAAUGCCGGUGCUGGAGACGCUGGCACUGUGGUGGUCGACGGGCGAUGGGAGAGAUGCGUGCGCCCUCAUCUAUGAACGCAAGAGUCGCAACAUGGGAACCUUGACAUGGCGCGGGACAGGACGCCCGCCCCAAUGGUUUGGCAAACUCGUGACGCACUGGGCAACGUUGGGUGCACAGAUGUGGCCUGGGUACUUUUUGAGUGUGAGCGUGGAGAAGAUUAAUGGAAGCCGUAUUUACGGCCUUGGGGAUGCAUUGCAUAAGUUGCGGCUGCCGGUGGAAGUUAUCAAUCCAAUGUCCCUCAGGCAGAUGCGCCAAGAAAAGGCGUUGGAGAUACUCAGCACCCCUGGGGUGUCGCUUUCGCAUCUUGUGUGA